GAGAAGUGCUCGAGGUUCUUGCUCCGCGCUCACACUUUCCUCCUACCUGCUCAUCCCGAAUCCGCCCACCCAAAUCCUCGAGUCCGCCGCAGCCGCCGCCUCCUCCGCAAUCCAGCCUUCCGCCUCGCUGCGCCGGCAGCCUGCGCCCUCUCCGCCUGACCGCGCCGCCGAGCACGAGGGCGCGGCCACCCCCCACCGUCCACUGGUGCCGGGCCGCUGGUGUGGAUUGGAGUGGGGAUCCAGCCGGAGUAGGGUCUCGUCGAGAUGAGAAAGCUGGGAUUCGCUGUACUAAUCCUGGUGGCAUCCUUGCCGUGCUUAUUUGCAUCCGACCGCCAAGGGGAUGCUUUAUAUGAUAUGAAACGAAAACUGAAUGUUACCGGCGGCCAACUUUCUGAUUGGAACCAAAAUCAAGUUAACCCUUGUACAUGGAAUUCUGUGAUUUGUGACAAUAACAACAAUGUGGUUCAAGUAACAUUGGCUGCACGAGGAUUCACUGGUGUUUUGUCACCAAAAAUUGGAGAACUCCAGUAUUUGAGUGUCCUGUCACUAGCUGGUAACAGGAUUACUGGUAGCAUACCUGAGGAGUUUGGUAAUCUUUCUAGUUUGACAAGCUUAGAUUUAGAAGAUAACCUUUUAGUUGGAGAAAUACCAGCUUCUCUUGGCAAUCUUUCUAAGCUACAACUGUUGAUACUGAGUCAAAAUAAUUUUAAUGGGCCAAUUCCUGAUAGCAUAGCAAACAUUUCAAGCUUGACAGACAUCCGUCUGGCAUAUAAUAAUUUAUCUGGUCAGAUACCUGGUUCGCUGUUUCAAGUAGCACGUUACAACUUUUCUGGUAAUCAUUUAAAUUGCGGACCCAACUUCCCUCAUUCUUGUGCAUCCAGCAUGUCCUAUCAGAGUGGAUCCCAUAGCUCAAAAAUUGGCUUAAUACUUGGGACUGUUGGUGGAGUAAUAGGGCUUCUUAUUGUAGGAGUUCUCUUUCUAAUCUGUAACGCAAGGAGGAAAAGCCAUAUGCGGGAAGUUUUUGUGGAUGUAGCAGGCGAGGAUGAUCGGCGAAUUGCUUUUGGCCAGCUCAAAAGAUUUGCAUGGAGAGAGCUGCAGAUUGCGACUGAUAAUUUCAAUGAAAGAAAUGUUCUUGGACAGGGAGGAUUCGGUAAAGUCUACAAGGGAGUUCUUCCGGACGCGACUAAGAUUGCUGUAAAACGAUUGACUGACUAUGAGAGUCCUGGUGGGGAGGCUGCCUUCUUGCGUGAGGUUGAGCUAAUUAGUGUUGCAGUUCACCGCAAUCUCCUAAGGUUGAUUGGCUUCUGUACGACACAAACAGAGCGCCUGCUGGUCUAUCCAUUUAUGCAGAAUUUGAGUGUUGCCUACCGCUUAAGAGAGUUUAAGCCUGGAGAACCCAUCCUAGACUGGCCUGCAAGGAAACGGGUGGCUAUAGGCACGGCUCGUGGACUGGAGUAUCUGCAUGAACACUGCAACCCCAAGAUCAUACACCGUGAUGUAAAAGCUGCGAAUGUAUUGCUUGAUGAGGAUUUUGAGCCUGUUGUUGGUGACUUUGGCCUGGCAAAGCUAGUGGAUGUUCAGAAGACAUCUGUGACAACACAAGUCCGUGGAACCAUGGGUCACAUAGCACCUGAAUACCUGUCCACUGGGAAGUCGUCUGAGCGAACUGAUGUUUUUGGCUAUGGGAUCAUGCUUCUUGAACUCGUGACUGGUCAGCGUGCUAUUGACUUCUCACGGUUAGAAGAUGAAGACGAUGUGCUAUUGCUUGAUCAUGUAAAGAAGCUACAGAGAGAAGGGCAGCUAGACUCAAUCGUGGAUGUCAACCUGAAUCAGAAUUAUGACAGUGAGGAGCUUGAGAUGAUUAUGCAGAUAGCACUGCUGUGCACACAAGCAUCACCGGAGGACCGGCCAUCCAUGUCAGAAGUGGUUAGGAUGCUGGAAGGCGAGGGCUUGGCUGAGCGAUGGGAGGAGUGGCAGCAGGUGGAGGUGACAAGGAGGCAGGAGUAUGAGCGGAUGCAGAGGAGGUUUGACUGGGGAGAGGACUCUGUUUACAAUCAGGAAGCGAUAGAGCUAUCUGCAGGUAGAUGACAAUCUGUGACAAUGGAUGCGCGUAAAUGCAAUGCAACCCAUGUAUGUACUGUAUGUAACUGUUCUUAUGUGUAGAGUACAUAUUAGAUAGAUAUGUUCAUAAGAUUGUUCAGACAAACUUGGGGAGCCACAUCAUGUAUGUGGAUGAAAUUGGAUGGAUAAAUUGCAGUAGAUAGAUGAGGUAACUGUAAUUAUUUUUUGUUGGACAUAUCUGAGCUUAGGUUGUUUGCGCGCCAUGUACUAUAUUUAAUAUUCAUCUGCAGCUGUCAACUAUUGAUAAGUCAGGGUAUAGUUUGCUGCU